UGAAGUCCACAGUCCAUAACUUUGACAAUUUUUUUCCGAUUUUAAAGUGGCAUGUAUUUAAAUAUUUGUAAUUGCAUUCUUAAAGAACUGGCAUCCAAAAUUGUUAAUUUUCCAACGGUCAAAAAUUUGAGCCAUGCUCAUGUCAGAUUUUUCUAAGCUUUCCGAUCAUUUUAUACAAUAUUUAUUUAAUAAAGGUACAUUUUAGAUUAAGCCCCACGUGGCUUAUGAAAUAUUGUACCUACUCCUCUGCCUUUUUCGAAGAGACAAUUUGUCACCGGGCAUCGAUCAAACACAGGACAUCCGAGUGGCCUGGCAACGGGAGCCAUUUAAGUCCGGAUGGCAGGCCAUAACCGCAAGGGAGCGGAGUGGAGCCGCUAAUGUCUGGAGUGCACAUCCAAGUUCAUUAGACUUGGAUGGGUGCGGAAAAGCUGUUCGACACGAAAUGGAAAGUUUUGGCAACAUUUCCCGCUGGUGAGUCGUCGUAAAUCGCAGCGCGAAAAGCUGAGUGUCUAAAAAUAUCCCGGCACUCGAGGGCAAUCGAUGUGCCCGCAGCUGGCAGAGAUGGGCGAGCGCGAGCCGGAGUCGGACGAGGACUGCGAGGUCUAUUUCCUGAAGCCGGUCAACGAGUACAACAUUGUGGACAGGAUCAAGGAGGCCAACAAGGAGCUCUUUGCCCCGGACGAAGACGGUUCGAAUGGCAACGGCAAGGUGACCAAGGUGAAGUUCGCUCUGAAUCUGGAGGACUACGAGCCCACGGCGCAGCAGAAGGAUCUGAGUCCCAGUCCGCCGGACGAGCUGCUGCAGCAGUUGACGCAGCUCAAGCUGAAGCCCAUUGCGGAGGAGGAGCCAGCAGCUCCUGAGUUGUCCAAGGUGACAGAGGAGGAACCUACUGCGGAGGAGGAACCAGAAGCAGAGGAGGUGGAGGAGGAGGAGGAGAUCUGCGAGGAAAUCCUGGACUUGGGGGAGGUUCCUCAAGAGCUGCAGCCGCAGGUCCAAGAAACCAUUCCCAUUGAAGAGGAGGACGACUUCUCCGGCGUGGAUGAGGCAGACCUCGAUGAUGAUACUCCAGCGAAUGAUGCCUCGAAAGCUGCUCUUCAACUGAGGCAGAGCACCUUUGACCAGGACGAUUCCGACCAGAAGAGCCUUACCAACCUGCUGACCGAAUCCGACUGCGAGGAGGAGGAACGCACUCUGAAUGAGGCCCGCCAGAAGUUGAGGGACGCCUACAAGAAUCUGUACAAAACCCUGGAUCCCAAGCAGCAGGCCACCAUCGAUCGGCUGACGGGGGCCGAGAAUGCAGAACCCUUGCCGCCUCCCGUGGUUCCUGAACCUCCAGCCGACGAAGAGGACGACCUGUCCAUCAUUGUGGCCAGCUACAUUCCGGAUGACUUUGAGCUCAACGAGCAGAGCAUUUACUACAAGAAGGAGGAGCCCGAGGAGGCCAAGGAAUCCUGCUCCACCUGCCCCAAGGCCACUUCCAAGACCUUCUUUACCUCGCGCAGCUUCAGUUUCCGUCGCCGGGCCAAACCCACACCCACUCCUUCUUCCGCCUCCGCUUCGACGACUUCUCCCUCCAUCCGGAUGAACUACAAGAUCUGCUGCGAGCACCGGCACUCGAUUCAGGGCAAGUUGCCCAGGUACACGGGCUACAUGUCCGAGUACGGACUGACCGCCCAGCAGCUGCAGCGCAGGGAACAGCAGCUGCGGCGCAAGCAGCGCUACUCCAUGGAGCAGACCAUCAACCGCAACGAGCAGGAGCUGAAGAAGAUGCAGGACAACGAGCGGGCCUUCACCACCUGGCUGAAGAACAAGAUGCGCUAUCCGAUCAACAAGACGAAGAACAUGUUCGAUGCCCACAAAAGGCGGGGCAGCGUGGCCGCCGCCGGAAGUCCACACCAGCAUCUCCAGGCUCACCCCCAUCUCCACCAGGAGCAGGAGCAGCGCGGAGGUCGUCGGAGGCGUCGUCGCGACAGCGGGGAGGUCGAGGUGCACGCCUAUCGACACCUUCUCGGCAGCUGGAACAAGUAGCCGUAGUGUAGAUC